UGAGGAAAAGAAGCUGAAGACCAAGAAGAAGAGCUGAAGGGGAAAGCCACUGGGGCGUCGCGGGCAUGGGGCUCUCUCCUGGCGCCUGGCUGCUCCUCUCCUUGGCCGCCUGCGCUCCCUUCUGGCCCGGGGAGGCCCUGCUGCCUUCGUCCAAGGUCUCCCGGGGCCUGGCCGUGCCUUUCGUCUUCGACCCGGGCGCCCUUUGCCAGCCGCCUUGCCAGCACAACGGGCUCUGCAUCCGCAACGGCACCUGCUUCUGCCCCAAGGGCUACCAAGGAGAGCGAUGCCAGUACGCAACUUGUUAUCCAAAAUGUAAAAAUGGCGGGAGGUGUCUAAGACCUGGAAAAUGUCGAUGUCAGCCAGGCUAUGGAGGAAGAUAUUGUCAUAAAGUAAGCUGCGAAGGAGGAUGCCAAAAUGGUGGGGAGUGCAUCGCUAUCAGUGGAGUGGCCAAGUGUCUCUGUAUUUCAGGUUGGGCAGGAUCACGAUGCCAAGAAGCGGUUUGUCCCCAGGGAUGUCGCAAUGGAGGUGUUUGUGUAGCUCCUGGAAUCUGCAGCUGUGCGACUGGGUGGGUUGGUGGAGCAUGUCAUUUAGCAUUGUGUACACUGCCUUGUCACCAUGGAGGCAAAUGUAUUGCUCCAGAUGUGUGUAGAUGCCGAUCACCAUACUCUGGUAUUCAGUGUACGAAGAAAAUAAAACAAUGAAACCUCCUUUGAAGAUGAGAUGAAUAAAUAGCCAUUGGGAGAAAGAAGUUUUUUU